AUGAUAGCGCCGAAAGGAAGAUUUAUAGUCAACUCGAACAUAGCUCGUGAGUUUUGGUCUUUACAACUCUUCCCUCAGUCUAAUAAAUUAUUAGCAAAACAUUAUUCAUUUACGACAUCUCUAACGUUAAAAUCACCACAAACGUUAUCAUUCGACCACGAGACUCAAUACCGAUAUUUUGAGUUCUUCAAGAAUAAAAAUACAUCGCUUCUUUCAGGACACUUUGAUACGGAUUUCUGGGAGCGACUUGUACUUCAAUUAUGCCACCAAGAGGAAUUUGUCAAACAUGCUGUCGUCGCUUUAGGUUCACUUGCGAGAAACAUGGAAGUGGAUUUCGAUGCUCCGUUAUCUAAUAACGCCCGACAUACAGCCCCCUCUGAGCAUUAUCUGUUCGCCUUGAAAGAGUAUUCAAAGUUUCUACGUCUGGCGAGACGGAACACAAAUAAAGUUGUGGAAGCAGAAAAGUUACAAAGUAUACUUGUCUCAUGUGUUUUGACCAGUAUCUUCGAGUUAUAUCAAGGUCGUCAAGAGGCUUCUAUCAAAACCGUUGUAUCAGGCCUCAAAAUCAUAUCUAGUGUUCGAGAACAACAUGUGCUCAAAAAUACACACUCAAUAUGGUCACUUGGAAUCAAUAUCGAUCUUCUUGCACUCUUCAUCCGUUGGGAGCAAGGAUUUCUACUAUUCAUGCCAUCUCAACCACCAUUCGCACCUCAUGGGUCACUGCAGGAUCUUGAGGAUACUUUGUUCCUCGAAGAGAUGCCCGUGGAGUUCAGCUCACUCAAACAAGCGCGCCUCUACUUGAUAUCCUCAAUCGACGUGUCUUAA